UACAAUGGAAAUCAAGGCCGUGGUCUACUUGGAUCAAAUAUCCGUAUUUGAAGACGCUUUGUAUAAUUUGAUUAAAACAUAAUGUGAUAUCAAUGAUGAUGGACAUUUGUGUUAUAUAAACGUAGAACAGUAUUUCAAAAAAGAUUACUAUCAACUAACAAUGGAGGCAAUUGUAUCUGACAAACAGUGUGGGUACUACGUUAAACUUGUCAUCUUUAUCCUUGAACUUGGUAUGAAAGUUUUACAUACGUACUUUGAGCAGAAUAUUCUGAAUGCAAAAGACCAUUUGGAAUUAUAUAUGUUCUUAGAAGGAAACAAACAUAAUCUUUUUCACGAAUGCUAUCCUAGAGUAAAGUGUUGUAAAUGUUCUCAAAAUUGUCGUGCUCCGCCUUCUAAAAAAGGAGGUUUACAUAAAGACCAGUUUAUGUUAUUAUUUGAAUGUGGACCUCUCAUUGAAAUCGACCAUUAUAAAACAGGAAACCACAAUGAGAUUACAAAGGAGUGUCUUUGUAGAAUUAUGGCAAAAAAAUCUAAUGAUGUCGACUGUAUGGACAUUACUCUUAUGUAUGCAAUUAUUCAAUCAUGUUGUUUCAAAAACAGUACAGUCAUACACGGAAAUCCAAGAUGCAUUGAGGUCAUCAAAAAAACGAGAAACUUUUUGGCACAUGUACCAAACGCAUGUAUUUCGAAAACAGAGUUUGACACCAGGUUUGCUGAGACUGAGCAAGCUAUUUUAGAAAUAGGUAGCUCAUUGGGAAAAUAUUUUGCUAAAGAGAACAAAAAGGAAGUAGAUUCUUUCAAAGCUAAUGAAUUAUCGAUAGAAGUAAUAAAAAGAAUAAUCAAAACCAAUGUUGAUGAAACUAUAACGAAGAAACUUCGAACUAUAAUUGAAGACGAGAGGAAAUACAUAGUACAGAUAAAGGAUGAGAUCAUUGACCAUCUUAAACAAUAUAAAGAUGAACUAUCAAUCGAUUUUAAAAAACUUAGAUUGGAAGUGAGGCAGUAUGCUUCCUGUUCUACAGAGGAGAGAUUUCACAACUCAGCUGGUUCAGUUUCCAAAAUGAAUGUUGCAGCUGGCGGUCCUGCCACACAAAUUAUGGAAAAGGAUAACAGUGUGCAGAAAGUUCGUGUGGAAUGGAGACUGGAAACCCCAAACACAUGGAAUUUACCACAAAUAAAAGAAACGUUAGAGAAAUUUUCUUCACUGUUACGACAAUGGUUCGAAAUAGAAUUUGUUUAUGUCGGAUCCUUAGUACUAUCAACAUUAGUCAACAAAAACGUUUUAGAUAAUCCAGAUCAAAUGCGAACAUCGAUACAGUUAUUUUUGGAAAAGGUUGUUGAACUUUGCAAUAUCAAUACAGAUGUACCUACGGUCGUCAAAAUAGAUUUGAUUAUAAAGCCUGAUGAAUUAGUUUACAGAGAGAACGACACAGAAACUACGACAUCAAAAUUGGACAUCAAAAAGAAAGACAAAAUAACUUGCAUAUACUGCAACCUAAGCUUUGAAUGUCAGAAGUGUCAACAGAAAGAUGAGAUAAUUGAACGCCUUACGGAAGAGAUAUCUGAAAGCGAGGCUGUGAUUAUAUGUGAGAACUGCAAGAAGAACGAUUACAUAAUUGCAGGCCUGAAAGAUAAACUAUAUGAAAUGAGUAAAACUGAUAUUUCUGAAAACAACGAUGACACAAAAAAAGCUCAGGUAGCAAUUGCUAUACCUAGGGUCCGAACAUCAACCUCUGUUGUAUUUCGAGAACCAUUGGAAGACAAGACCUGUUUCGAAGGUGACACAAUCAGCCUUGAGUGUGUAAUAGAUGGAGAGAAGAAACCAAUCAAGUGGUAUAAGGAUAAAAAGGACGUAUGCAAGUUGUCAGAUAAUUUACGUGAUGAAUCUACAGACCAAACUUGUAAACUAACAAUUUUACAUGCUACACGAGAUGAUGCAGGGGUUUACACUAUGUGGAUUGGAAAUGAAAGUAAAAAUGUGCGAUUGAAUGUUUUCGAAAGACCACCAUCUUUCACUAAACUCCGUAGUUAUCAACAAGAACUAGCAGCAAUUGCACUGAAAGGAGAAAAUACAAUAAUUUGUGCUGGGCAAAAUGCUGGAAAAACGUAUGUGGCUUUCCAUGUGAUAGAGAGUCAUUUGUUAAAUCACCCAAGAGGAAAAGUUGUUUUUAUAAACAAGACAAAUGUUUUACUGAGCCAACAGUACCAAAGAGCAUGUGAAACAUUCACAACACUACAUUUCCAGGGUAAAAUCAAGAUAUGGAAAGCUAACGAAGACGACAGUGGGAAUUUUAAAACGGAAAUUGCUAAAGCAAGAUUGAUAUUUUUGACUCCGAAAUCCCUAUGCAACCACCUCAUGAAGAAUGCAACAUCUAAAGUGUCGAUAGAUAUUUUCACCUUGAUCAUUAUUGACGAAUGCCACAGUACACAUGAUAAAAGUGUGUACAACGAAUUAAUGUCGUAUUAUAGGAUAGCGAAAUAUAGAGAAGAGACACAUCGACUACCUCAGAUACUUGGACUAACAGCAUCAAUUGAUACAUACAAUGCCAAAGAUUUGUCGGCAGCCAAAGAUCAUUUGAGGAAAGUGAUGGCAAAUCUAGAUGUAACAAAAAUAUCCGUUGUCCAUCGGCAUAGAGAAGAACUACUUCAAUAUACGUCUAUUCCAGAAAAAGUUACUAUUGCCUCAUUUAUUGGAAAACGUGAUCUUGUGAAGGAUAUACUAAUCGAAGCAAUGCAAUAUGUUGAAAAUAAAUUGAACUCUCGGAUUGUUUCGAACUUUUUGAUUGAAAAUCUUCAAAUUGAAAGGGAUUUAUAUGAAGCUUUAAAUAAUCCACCGAUUCAAAGAGCGGAAGUACGGUACAUACAUUGGAUCGGAGAAACCAAAGAAAAAGUGGAGCAUGUAUUACACAAAGAUACAAAAGUACCACGAUUGCUUCAUGCAUGUCUCAGACAUCUAGAGAUUUAUACAGAAUGUCUGGAAAUAAAUUCAUUGCUUGAAAUUGAUCAAGUUUGUGAAAUUGUCAUGCAGAGAUAUUCAGAUGAAUCUGAAGCAAGUCAGAAUGCUAAUACAAAUGAAGAAAAAGAAAUCAUAUCUAAGCUACGAGACGUGUUUGCUGGAAUUCGAGAAUCUGUAAGAGACAUUGAAAGGAAUCCUGACGUAAACAUGGUAAUUGAUCUGAUUAAAAAGGAAUAUCAACUACUAAAAGAAGAUUCAAGAUUUAUUAUAUUUGUUAAAACCGGAGCAACAGCAAAAGCCUUAGCAGAGAGACUUCCUGGUUAUCUUCGGAGUACUUACCUAACUGGUUCUCACAGACUUGUAGAGGAAGGAGGUCUUCCUGCUAACGAACAGAUUGGAGUGUUGGAAAAGUUUAAAAAUGGUGAACACUUAUGCAUUGUUGCAGCAUCAGUAGCAUGUGAGGGUCUAGAUAUUCCACAAUGUAAUAUGAUGAUCCGUUAUAGAUUUAGUGCAGAUGAAAUAAGUAGCCUGCAAAUGCGAGGAAGAUUACGCAAUAAGGAAGGACGAGAGUUCAGAGUUAGCACUAUACCGGGAUUUGAGACCGAAAAGAAAAACAUUCAGAGUCAGUAUCUUAUGACACAAGCCAUAGACCAAGUUUCCAAACUUAAUAUGACCAAAGAUAUAGCUAUAGCAGAGAAAAUGGUAUAUGAAAUUGAGGAAAUCGAAAGAAAGAGGGCAAAUAUGAGGCUUAACCAAAAAAUAAAGGGGCUAUUUACUAUCAAUUGUAAAUACUGUGGCGUUUUCAUUACCGAUGGCGAUUCAAUGCGGCAAGUAAAUGAGAAAUUAUUCCUUGUGUGUGACAGAUCAAUGUUGGCCAGAGUUGAUAUGAGGCAAAUACCUAAAAAGAAACAAAGAGAAUUUGAUGGGAUUAAGAAGCUCGGUAAAGCGUAUGGAUUGGAGUGUGGACAUAACUGGGGUUCAAUAGUCAUCUACAAUGAGUGUGAAUUUGUUGCGUUGUCACAACACUAUAUGAAAAUAUUUGACCGUCAAGCAGACUCAUUCAUUAACUGUGAGAAAUGGAAUGAUCUGAAAUUUAAAAUAGAAGAAAUUUCUGACGAAGACUUUAUGAAUUACAAUAGAUAA